AUGUUUUUUAAAUUUCUCUUCAAACUAUUGGGACGAAAUUAUGAGGAAGAGAAAGUUACUGAUGACAGGAACAAUCAAGAAGAGAAUGAAAGAAGGGCUAGAGAAAGAGAUGAAUUAAAUGAAAAUAGAAUUGAUGAAAAUUUAAAUAGAGGAAUUGAAGAUGAUCGUGACAAAGAUGAUCCUGACGACGAUGAUCCUGACGACGAUGAUCCUGACGAUGAUUUUUUUGACGACGAUUUUUUUGACGACGAUUUUUUUGACGAUGAGUUUUUUGACGAUGAUUUUUUUGACGAUGAUUUUUUUGACGAUGAUUUUUUUGACGAUGAUUUUCUUGACGAUGACUUUCUUGACGAUGAUUUUCUUGACGGUGAUGUUCUUGAGUGUGAUGUUCUUGACAGUGAUUUUGAAGAAAAUGAGGACGAUGACGAUGAUGAUGAUAUUAUUUCUUUAGAAUAA